AUGAAUCGUGGAAAGGUCUCUCCUGGUGCAGCCAGUAGCAAUCAUUCUUCUGAUGAGGCCGCUUCUCGUAACGGCUCUCCUGAGACCAAGCUCACGGCGUUCUCUCCAGAGGACGUUCGUAUGAAAUCGCUCUUGGGCCACGGAACUGCGAUUGACGCUUGCAACAAUGAAGCCAUGGCUUUUGCCUCAGUCCAUCGUGCUGGAUUGGGAAAUGAUCCUUUUAUUGGAUCUGUUGGACGAGCUCAGCUCUCUCCUACUGCAAGCCCCUUUACUCCGGCAAGCUACAUUCAUCGUAGCCAUUUGGGGAAUGAAUAUGCUUCGGCAUAUUUGAAUCACGACCUUGCUUCCCAGUCCAAAAUGAGUUAUUUGACUCUCAAUUCGGAGCCAGAAACCCCAUUUACCCCUAAUGGGUCGCUUGCUCGUAACUCCCCGCCCCGUUUUGGGCCAAUUGCUCCCGGUGGUGUAGUUUCCUCUGCACCGAAACAGAUUGAGGUCCCCCAGCUAAAUAUGGGCUACCUGAUGGCUACUUCGGUCCCAGAAACCCCAUUUACUCCGAAUGGGACGUUGGCUCGUAACUCGCCCCCUCGCUACGGUGCAAUCGGCCAAAUUCAUGUCGCUUCUGAUCUACAGCCUAUUAGCUUUUGUCAGGUUGGCACUUUUGACAAAACUAAUUGUAACCGCGCUUUCGUCAUUGAGGGAGUUCCAAAGGAUUUUGCCUAUUUGACUAUCGUUAAUCUUUUUGAGAAACGUACUUACAGUAGCCUGAAGGGCCCUAUUCUUACUGAAUUGGGGUCUCACGGCAGAAUUUAUGCGGCGUUUGCCGAUAGUCGUGAUGCUAGAGCCGUUUUUGAGAAAAUAAACGCUAUGUAUCCGAAUUGGCACUUCCAUGGCUUGACUGCAAAAGAGUUUGCAGGGAAGCUUGAUGCUACUCAUGUCGCUUGGACCUCCGACUACGAAGGUCAUAUCCUCGUCUCAGUGUUUUAUAAUGGUAAUAAUCCUAGUGCCGAUCCACGUGCUAUUUCGCACAACUUCAAGACUACUCUUGAGAAAUUCGGUGAUAUCAAGGCUUUUGCUACUAUACCCACUGAGCAGAAUCAUGUUAUCGAUUUCCAUGUCGAGUUUUUUGAUACUCAUGUAGCAGAAAAUGUGGUUUCUGCCCUAGACGGUAGCUGUGUCAACGGUUGGGUUCUUGAUAUCAAACUUUAUAGACCUGAUGCUACGGAGAUUCCCUAUGAAUACAAGAAAAGAUCCGAUGCAUUUGCGAAGCAAGCAUUUGGAAGCCACAGCAAUGCUAUUGGCCACUCAUGUAUUGAGCUUAGUCCAACCGGUCGUUCAACUAUUCCAAUGGGUGACCCUGCUGGUGACUUGACUUGGUUUUGCAAAUCUGAUGAUCCUUAUUCUUAUCUUCCUCGUCCCGACUUUGGACGUCGUAACGACAAUCGGAUUAAUAACCAGAACUAUGUUGAUAUUGAGAAAGUUCGGCUUGGCCUUGAUGUCCGCACUACAAUCAUGCUUCGCAAUAUUCCCAACAAAAUCGAUCAAGCUAUGCUUAAACAUAUUGUUGAUGAGACUAGUUUCGGGAAAUACGACUUCAUGUAUUUGCGUAUCGACUUUGCCAAUAACUGCAAUGUUGGUUAUGCUUUUAUCAACUUCGAGGAUCCAAUUGAUAUUAUCGAUUUCGCCAAUGCCCGUGCUGGCCGUACUUGGAAUUGCUUCAAUAGUGAUAAGGUCGCUGAAAUAUCCUAUGCUACCAUUCAAGGAAGAGAUUGCCUUGUUCAGAAGUUUCGCAAUAGCUCGGUGAUGCUUGAACACCCGUCAUUCCGCCCAAAGUUGUUCUAUACUGGCAUGGGACCUCUCGCUGGCACAGAAGAACGAUUCCCUGGUCCCGAUAACCCAUCCAAAAUGCGACGAAGCGUCGAAAAUGCCGAGCACGUUGGCCUUUUCGCACCAAGAGUCGGUCAACAGUAUCGUGAUGAGCAACGUCGUCGUCGAUCUCAGUUUGAUCGUGGAACUACCGCUGCUGAACGUGAAAAUUUCUGGAGUCGGUCUCAACAUCCUCGUCGUAUGUCCCAUGAAAAUGGUAAUAUCCAUGGCUAUGUCCAAAUCCCACGUCUGUGUGAGUUCCAGUAUCACCACUAG